GUUUGUUUGCGCAUAGUGAAUCCAGAGUGAGUUGCCCUCGCAAAGGAUGAAAAUGAACGAUUACUAUUCUGUCUUGUUUGAUACAACUGCACUAUGAGUGAGUGUUGAGCCCCAAAUAAACUCUAGUUUCAUAUUGGCUGUAGAAGUAAAACAACAAGUUAUCCGCGUCGAGGAGGACUACACAGCGGCGUCUUCUGUUGUACGUGACAAGGUCCCCUAAAUCAAGCCGCAAUUCUGCAUUGUAACCAGUCUUCAGAGAUGUCUUCCACACUUCCAAACAGCCCCCUGACCACCUAUGUGUUGAACACAGGUGACGGAGCCCCAGGGGCAAGAAUGGCCCUCAGUCUGCACCGACUGGACUCACUCCUAGUCAUCUGGAACCUAGUGACUGUGGGAACCACCGACGAAGAUGGUCGCUGUCCUGGACUCAUCACUACAAAAGCGUUCACGCCUGGGAUGUAUAAGAUGCGUUUUGAGACUGGACAAUAUUGGGAGAGUUUGGGUCAGAACUCCUUCUACCCAUAUGUUGAGAUUGUCUUCACUAUAACAAACCCCAACGAGAGAUUCCACUUGCCCCUGCUCCUGAGCCGCUUCUCCUAUAGCACGUACAGGGGAAGUUAGAGCCAUCUCUCGUCUGAGCCUCUGCCCGCACUAUACCAUGGAUGUGGUUAAUCGAGCUAAAAUGCCUACAUGUCCAGUUGAUACCUAAGUGGUCGAGUUACUGUAGUUUGAAAUAGUCAUAAUGAUGAACUGAAGUCAAAUGGCUAUCACGUGCUGAAUAUUUAGCUUUUUGCCUGUUCAUCAUGAAUGUACACAUUUUGUAAUCUACCUGUCAAAUUGCUCAUCCAUGAUGCAAUCUGCGUGUGUGUUUCUCAGCCAAUCACAGAGCAAGAUCGAGCUAUGCAGAAAGACUCAAAGUCGUCCUAUUCGCGCAUAAAUUAAAUAAAGUUAAUUAAAUCUGUAAACUUGUAAUUAUUGAACACAUAUCAUCCUUGAUAUACUGUAUUUUCAAGAUUGUUAUAUUUUACAUGCAAUUGUUGACCAUAUCCUAAGAAUCAACGGAAAAACAUUUCCAUUCUAAUCCAGAUUGUCAGGCAUAAUUUUGGUCAAUUUAUUGGGGUCCUUAGUGGUCUUGCUCUGACAUUCUUGCUGUAUGUAAUGACUGUGGCUGUUAUCCAACACUGUCACACUGAUGAACUGUAAGAAGACAGAAUAUCUAGAACAUUUGAUAUUUUUUCAAAGAGUGGAGGGCAAGUGCCAGCGGGAGAAUGGCUCAAAUGUUGGGGCUUCUCUCGACGGCUGCUUUGUCUCUACGGAUCGCAGU